CUCUACGAUAACUGUAAAACUAAUUGAAAAGUUAGUGUAAUAUUCAAGCAAAAGGGUGUCUGAGGUGAGCGCCUACUAGUGGUGAGAGUGUGUCAGUAGUACUGUCUGUGAAUGCAUUGAAUCUAUGGUGUGUUGAAGAGUCGACCAAAAUGUUAGGUAUUUAUCGGAAAGCGUGUAAAUCACUGAUUCUGGGCUCCAAACCACUGGUGUCUGUGGCCACACAAUCACCACAUAAACUCAUUCCAGUGAUAUCUGCCGCAAAUCAGAAGCGAUGGGCCGCCACUCAGCCCAAGACGGCCAGUACUGUGAAGAACGGACGUAUAGUGGCCGUCAUCGGAGCCGUAGUGGACGUCCAGUUUGAUGAAGAACUGCCACCCAUUCUGAAUGCCUUGGAAGUGGUCGGACGUAAGCCGAGGCUUGUCUUAGAAGUGGCCCAACAUUUGGGCGAAAAGACUGUGCGAACGAUCGCUAUGGACGGCACGGAAGGUCUGGUCCGCGGCAAUGAAGUGAUGGACACGAAUUCGCCGAUUAGUAUACCCGUCGGACCCGAGACUUUGGGCCGUAUUAUGAAUGUCAUCGGAGAACCCAUUGACGAGAGAGGUCCCAUCGACACGACAAAGCGUGCGUCCAUUCACGCCGAAGCGCCCGAAUUCGUGGACAUGAGUGUCGAGGCGGAGAUCCUGGUGACGGGCAUCAAAGUGGUAGAUCUGUUGGCCCCCUAUUCAAAGGGCGGUAAGAUUGGUCUGUUCGGAGGGGCGGGUGUGGGCAAGACUGUGCUCAUUAUGGAGCUGAUCAAUAACGUGGCCCGCGCUCACGGAGGAUACUCUGUGUUCGCCGGUGUCGGCGAACGCACUCGAGAGGGCAAUGACUUGUACCACGAGAUGAUCACUGGAGGUGUCAUUAGUCUUAAAGAUAAGUCAUCGAAGGUGGCGCUGGUCUACGGACAGAUGAACGAGCCUCCCGGGGCCAGAGCUCGUGUAGCGCUCAGUGGUCUGACUGUCGCCGAGUACUUCCGUGACCAGGAAGGACAGGAUGUACUGCUGUUCAUCGACAACAUCUUCAGGUUCACUCAGGCCGGCUCUGAAGUGUCUGCCCUUUUGGGUCGUAUCCCAUCCGCUGUGGGAUAUCAGCCAACUCUGGCCACAGACAUGGGACAGAUGCAGGAGCGCAUCACCACCACUAAGAAAGGGUCGAUCACAUCAGUGCAGGCUAUUUACGUACCGGCAGACGACUUGACAGAUCCCGCGCCGGCCACCACUUUCGCCCAUUUGGACGCCACCACUGUAUUGUCGAGAGGUAUCGCCGAAUUGGGGAUCUACCCGGCCGUCGACCCCCUCGACUCCACCUCUCGUAUUAUGGACCCCAAUGUUGUGGGCGCUGAGCACUACAACGUCGCCCGAGGCGUCCAGAAAAUACUUCAGGACUACAAAUCACUUCAAGACAUUAUCGCCAUCUUAGGUAUGGAUGAGUUGUCCGAAGACGACAAGCUGACGGUCUCGAGGGCUCGUAAGAUCCAGAAAUUCCUCUCUCAGCCCUUCCAAGUGGCCGAAGUGUUCACAGGACAGGCAGGAAAGUUCGUGCCCCUCGACCAGACCAUCAAAGGUUUCAAAGCUAUUCUUAACGGAGAGUACGACCACGUGCCCGAAGUAGCCUUUUAUAUGGUGGGCCCCAUCGAGGAGGUGGUCGAAAAGGCCGAAAAAUUAGCGAAAGAACUUGAAAACUAA